AUGUCAGAUCAAGCAUCCCCCACAGAACUUACCUUCCACCUCUUCCCCAAACUCCCCACCGAACUACGCCUCCAAAUCUGGCGCCUCUGUCUCCCUCACCGCGUCACCGAACUCGACAACCCCACACCAGAAGGCCUCUACGACUCAAACCAACCCGUCUGCCACCUAAAACACACCUCCAUCUUAAACGGCAGCUCACCCGUCAUCGCCCGCGUAUGCACCGAAUCCCGCAAAGUCGCCUACCAGUCCAACGCGAAUAGCUACGAAUCCCUGCACAAAGAUUUCUACAAAGACCUAUCCCCCUUCGACAUGUUCGACUCACCCACGGCCGAAUCAGAUUACUGGAUGGAUCCAGAGCGGGAUAUCGUGCAUUUGAAUUAUUCGCCUAGAUAUGGGUGGAUUGCGUAUGCGCAUGAUUGGGGGAAUCCGUUUCGUACGCUUGCGUGGUUUGCGGAGCGGAAUGGGGGGAGGGUUUCGUUUAUGGAGGAGUGGAUUGUGUGGUUAAGGAGUGAUCCUAAGGCGGCGGAGGCGUUGGUGGAUUUGGAGAGGGUUGAGAGGUGGUUGGUUGUGUUGAGGGUUGUGGUUAUUCAUGCUGAUGCUGGGGAUGUGGAGAAAACGGGGUUGUUUGGAUUGUUAGGGGAUGCGUUGGUACAGGUUGUUCCUGUUUCGGAGGAGGCGAGGGUAAAUGCUUUUUAUGAUUUGGCGGAACGGUUAGAUCGGGAACGAGGAGUUAAGUAUCGUCAGAAUUUGGAGAGAUAUUCAGUCGAGUGGUAUCGAGAGGGGUUAAGGCAGACUGUGCAGUAUGGGCUGGAGACUGAUGAUUCGAAGGUAAUAUCAAAAGUGUUGAAACGGCUGCAACCAGCGGUUAUGGUCCGGUUAUGUACUGAUAUGUGUAAUAGCUCGUGCGAAGUAAUGGAAUAG